UUAGUAAUUCUACUAAUCGUCGAUAGAUGGUAGCGCAAUUGCAUUUGACAGUUCCAAACAAUAUUUACUUUUAAAAAUCUUAUUUUUAUUAAUUUUAUUGUUAAAUGAAUAAUCAAGAUUGCUAAAAUGAAGCUAAUUCAAUAAUUUUUCCUUAAAAUUUUAACAAUUAAAUAAAUUUAUAAUAUUAAUAAUAUAUUAGAAUGAAAUAGUUCAAUUGCUAAUUGAUGUAUUUCCAUAUAACUGUUUCUAAGAACAGCCAUUUUUUUGAAAAGAUGAUGCAAUCAAUGACACAUCAAGCAUAUUACUAAUCAUUUUUUAAAUCAUAAAAUUAUUUACCGCUAUUUUUAGAAAAAAAUCAAAUUGCAAGAUGAAAUGUCAUCAAAAUCAGUUCUACUUUUACAAUAAGUCAAAACUGUCGAAACAGUUCCCAUCGGACUAUAGCCUAUCGGAUGUUAAGCGAAAGCCGCCAGCUGGGAGUGCUAUUUUGAACGAAAUACAGUGUUGCCAAAUCGCGAGGCAAGUAAGUUCAAACACGUGCCCCGUGUUUUGCUCUUGGAAAGAGAUAACUGCGUUACCUGACAAAACAGAAUGUUUGCUUUUCACUUCAUUCAAUGUAAAGUUUUUCGCUUAUCUUAAUAAAAAAAUACAAAUUUGAAAUGGAAAUUUGUCACUAUUUAACAAUCAACUUCAUAUACUUUCGAUUAUAUUUUACAAACACAUGUCACACUAUUCAAACAUUAAAACAUACGAAUAUUCAAACGAAGAGGGAAACUUAAAUCUGAGAACAAAAUAUUACAUGCUCCAAUAAGUUUCUUAUAUAUACUUAAUUUCACUCCAAUUUAGUUUAUUUAUAUAAAAAUUCUAAUAAUAAGAUAAUUUAAAAAACAUUUAUAUUACAAAUAUAAUUUAUAUAAAAUUAUAAUUUCUUAUUUUGAAAAGAAUUUUUCAAAGCCAUGCCCAAAUCUCCAGCUGGACAAGAAAGUUCAGGUUCGAUGGAGAAGAUGUGGCAACGUAGCAACUGCGUGAGCCGAGAUGCGCGGCAUGAAUAGCACCGACGUUGAUGGGCCGACCCGUUGUCGACGGCUGGAGGGGAAAGGAAUAGGGUAAAAGUUUCCACGAUGGUAGGGAUAGACAGGAAACGAUGAAACGGAAGGGGGAUGCGAUACAUUCUGCAUGUGGUAGUCGUCGGUGAGAGUAAUAUAACCGAGGUAAUGUUACCCAGUUGCUGUUUACGGAGAGUUUUUGGAAAUUUCAUAAGCACAUCUAGUUUCCCGGUUAAAUUUGAAGCGCGGCAAAUCAAAUUGUCCAAUCAUAAUAAUCGAACUAUUACACGUUAGCUAUACAUUGACUAACAUAUGCUUCAUGAAAAUCGAACUAAUGAGAACAACUAUGUUGGAAAUACAUAUACACAUAUGAAACAUUUUGUAAAUUAUCGAACUUGUAGAUAAUAACAUCGUCAAUGCUUUCACGUGGACAUUCUGCGCGCGAAUCAAUUUAAAUUCCAUUUUGAAUUUCACAAUAUAAAAUGUUCAAAUAUUUAUUAUACAAUAUAAUUAUUAUAUAAUAUAACAAUAAUUUGAUCGAAUAGUUAAUUUUUAUAUAAUCUAAUAAUAGAUUAAAAAAAUAUCUUUAACGGUUAAAAAAAGAUAUACAUAUACAUGAAUUGUAUUGUUUGAAAAUUUUUAGUUUAAAGAUUCUUGAGAAACGUCGGACAUAGUGCGGCGUAUUGGUGACGGUGAAAUCGUAGAGGGGACGACCCCUCUUGCCCUACUCCGCUGUGCGCAACGUCAUUGUGCUGUGUGGGGCCAUGAUUGUUGGAGUGUGUGUGCGUCCCUCGAGCUACGCGCAGACCUGCCCAGUAAAUACGAGGUUUCCGUUCUCUGUGCGUGUCGAAAGAGUGCGUAGUAAAGGAAGAAAAGUCUUGUCUCAUCGGCAUCCUGGAUCACCGGCGUGUCCAUCAUGCCGUUGAGUAUUGGGGUUAACUUAAGAGUGACCGGACACUGUAAUCAGGGCGGUCGUAAGUACAUGGAGGACAUGUUCAGCGUGGCUUUUCAAUCGACACCGGAUGACAAAGAUUUAGAAUAUGCCUUCUUCGGAAUAUUCGAUGGCCAUGGUGGCGGCGAAGCAGCUACUUUUGCCAAAGAACAUCUAAUGAAUGUUAUUGUAAAACAGAAGAAUUUUUGGAGUGAUCGUGAUGAGGAUGUACUUCGAGCCAUCAAAGACGGAUAUGUGAACACGCACUAUGCGAUGUGGCGGGAGCUUGAUAAAUGGCCAAGAACCGCAUCCGGACUACCAUCUACGGCUGGGACUACGGCUAGCAUAGCUUUUAUUCGUAAAGGGAAGAUUUAUUUAGGUCAUGUAGGAGAUUCUGCCAUAAUAUUAGGAUACCAAGUAGAUGGUGAUCCUCAAUGGCGAGCAGAAGCUUUAACCAAGGAUCAUAAGCCAGAAAGUGGACCAGAAAUGAUGAGAAUACGUGAAUCUGGUGGUAAAGUUGUUAGUAAAUCUGGAGUUCCAAGAGUUGUAUGGAAUAGGCCUCGUAUAGGACACAAAGGACCAGUUCGAAGAUCAACUCAUAUAGAUGAAAUUCCUUUUCUUGCUGUUGCUAGAUCAUUAGGUGAUCUUUGGAGUUAUAAUUCUGAAUUAAACACAUUUGUUGUAUCUCCAGAACCAGAUGUUAAAGUAGUUGCAAUUGAUGUUGAAUCACAUCGUUGCCUUAUUUUUGGAACAGAUGGUUUAUGGAAUAUGUUAACACCUCAAACUGCAGUAGCUAUAGUUCAAGCUGCAGAUAGACAUAAUGAAAAACACCUAAUAGCUUCUCAACAAACGUGUAAUGGGCAAGCUGAUAAUGUUCAACUAUGGAUAAAUCCUUCAAAAAGUUUAGUAGAUAGAGCAUUAGAAAAAUGGUCAUCAAAAAGAUUACGUGCAGAUAAUACAAGUGUAGUUACAUUGAUGUUGGAUCCACCAGGUCCAUCUCGUAGUGAGGUUCUAUUAAGUCAGAAAGAAUGUCUUGUGAUGCAUCAUACGAUUCAUACACCUACACCUGUACCUGUUGAAACUCCAGAAAGAUUGAAUUAUAAUCCAGUCUUUUUAAGUAUACCAAGACCUCCUAUAAUAAAUCACAAUGAUCUUAAAGAAUCAGAUUUCUCAAAUCAAAUUCAAGAAAAUACAAAGGAAUCGAAUGUAGAAAAUAUUUUACUUGUAGAAAAAGUAGAAGAAAAUCAAAAUCAAGUAGAUGAAACGCACAUGUCUAUUCAGGAAAAUUUUGUUGAUGAAAAUAUUCAAGCUAUAGAAACAUCAUCCAAUAAAGUAUUAGAAAGAAGUAUAGAAGUAAAUAAUCUUGAAUCUGAAACAAUUCCAGUAGAAAAAAUUGAAAAUAUCGAAGAACAAGCAAAAACAACAAAGCAGGAACAUAUGCCAAUUCAUGAUCUAUUAAUUUCACAAAAUUCGUCUGAAAUAGAAAAUAAAAACGAUCCUAACGUUUCAAAUGUGAUUCACCAAAGUGCAUUUUCUAAUGAUUGUAAUGGUACACAUUCUUCUGCAGUUAUUAACACAGAAAAUAAUGAAACUAUUUCGGAAAAUACUGCUUGUAGAGAAAAUGAAAUAAAAACUAACAUAUUAAAUGGAUCACGUCAUAAACAGUCAACAGUGUUUUCUACGUCAAGAAAAGAAGUCCGAAACAGAAGAAGAAGGCACAGCUUAAAUACACAUUCGCGUAACACUCUCAUGGAUACGGGUUCUCUAGAAACAAAAACAUAUGUAAAUUCUAGACUUAAAUCGCGUAGUACAAAAGUGUCUGUGACAAAUAACAUGGUAGAGGAAGGUGUGAAAAACUCGACAAAUAAAACGAGCAGUAGUGCUAUUGGUAAACGAAGACAUAGUGCAAUAUCUCAGAGUGUAAUUAACACGGUCGAAGAAUCAUGUAUAUUACAAGAACCAUGCGUUAAAAGGAGAACGCGUUCAGAGGAUCGUCCAAAUCCGGUCGAUGAGAAUGAUCCAGCAAAUCAAGCCACGAAAGAUGCGAGUGGUAAUUUAAGUUGGACUACCACAGAAUCCAAUAUUACUCGUUCUACAGCUGGUGCUACCACUGUACCUGUACAGGAAAGACUGUCUUCGCUAAAUAACUUCCAAAGAAAUUUGGGAAAGAAAGCUACACCGGUGAAGACUAUUAGAAGACCAUCUAUUAAAGGUCUGUUAAAACAGUUGUGGGCUGCUAGUCUCAGUGCAAGAGAAUGGGAUCAGGGGAGAAGUAAUCGAUCAAAUAAUUGUAACGAGCGGAGGAUAAAUCGAACUAUGUCUAUUAUAGGUUCUUCGGAUAGUACCACCGUACCGCAACGUUGGCUCAGGUCGGAUACUAUUGCGGCGACACCUGUAAAAACACUACGCUCACGUAAUGUAGAUAUAACUGGUCACACGAUAUCUGCACAAUUAGUACAUCAGUAUGGCAUAGUAAAGCAAAGUCGACUUUCUUUGCCGAGUAAAUUGAAACAGUCCAAUAAUAAUGGAUUUCUACAAUCGAGUAGAGUAAGGUCUUCUUCUUUAACAUCUAGUAUAAAACAAACUAACAGUAAUAAUGGGAAUGGAGCUUGCUCUACGAUUAAUCCUACCAACACGGGAUGUAACUCUAGUUCCGGAAUGGCUAAAAGAGUUAAGUCACCAUAUAACCCGAGUGCUAGAUCAUUAAGUACGCGAUCUCGCAUUAAACGCCUUGGAAAAUGAGAUAGGGUAAUGUAUAUUAAUUAUAUUACUUGUUACAUUAAACAGGGUAUUUUUUACCCUGAUCAAAUUUUUAUUUACUUUGCUUUUCAUAUUCAUGAAAAGAUACUAGUUGAAAGAAAAGCUAUUCUCAUACUAUUGCAUUUUAUCUUGAAGCUUAAAGAUAAUGUAGAUAAGCUCUUGACUCAAUUUUCCAAACAUCUUGUCGGGAUUAGAUUUGCAUUUUAUGGACCAAUCAAUUUACGUAACAAAAAAUUAUCAAUUUCCGUUGUUUCCUAUUUUAGUUCUAACUUCUUCUUACAAUUUUCUUGCUAGUAAGUAAUAAAUAAUCACGUACUAUACGAAGAUACUAUUGUAAAUAAAGCAAUAGUUUGUUAUCAAUAAAGUAGUAUCUUUAACUUCCACGGCACACUACGGGUGAAAAGUCGAUCAUAUUUUUCAUAUUUGCAUAUUUUCACGCAUUGAAAAAUAUCAAUAAUGUAGAUAUUCAAUAUUCAUUAAAUAAUAUAAUAACGUGUUUUUUCGUGUUUCGUUUCCGAAGAGAAAGAAAUAUAACAAAUAAAAUUGCAUGCUUAUUUUCCGACUGUAGAUAUAAUUGAAAAUCGUGAUGAUUUUUAUUGUUAUUCAUGUGUAUAAUUUCCCGAAUGUAACAGUAUCCUUUUAUUAUCGUAUAACGUAUAUUUUUUGAUUUCGAAAAAUUAAUAUUAUUUAUUUCGUUUUUCAAGUAUGAUUUCUUUUUCUCAAAUAACAGAUCACAAUAUUAAUUUUAUCGUUGUUUCAUUUGAAUUUUGUCAUCAGAAAACUAAAUACAUUUUUAUCACUUUUCACUUUCUUAAAAGUCAGUUUGACUAUAUGUAUAAGUAAUAUUGAAAGACUUCUUUUAUUUUUUAUGCUUUCUAAUAUCUGACUAGCUUAUUGAAGCGUUAAUUAUAAGAGAAGAAGUUUAAAAUUUAAAAAAAGUACGUGAACAUAUGUAUAAAAUAUGUGAGCAUGAAAAGCGUAAAAAAAAAACAGAGAAUGACUGUACCGACAGAGUGUGUAUGUGAUUUAUAGAAAUUAUUUCGAACAAUUCCUCAACUUGUUCAGGUGAUGCGAUUUUUUAAUCGAUUUAGUAGUGUCACUAAAUCAGUUUAAAAAACUGCAUCAUUUGAACGAGUUGUAAAUAUUACAGUCUUCUAAGAAGGAAUGAUUUUUAAACGGAUUAACAAGUCAUUAAAGAGAAAAUAUGACUUGUUAGAAUUGAAAAAUUAAAAUAUCUAGUACGUAGGUACGUAAUCAUCUACUUUGGCCGAGUGAGUAGCUGUUCAAAAUUCGUUCGAUAUUAAAAAAGAAUGAACGUAGUCGUUAAAUUUUGAUAUUUAACUUUAUACAAUGAUAGCACAAAGUCGUAAGAAAGUCUUUUGAUACAUAAAAGAUUCACAAAUAUUUCAAUGCAAUUUUAUUCACUAUUGUAAGUGUUCAAACACGAUAGAAUUUUGAAUAGCAACCAUUUUGGCAUGAAGUGAUAUUGAAAAUGACUGUCUAUUAUGCGAUACAAAAUUUAGAUUAUAUUUAGAGUAAUUUAAGAAAAGAAGUGAUUUAAUGAGCGAAUGAAGUAAAUUUCAUUUGUUUAUAGAUGUUCAAUAAUGUAAAUCAUUGAAGCAGUAAACUUAAUACAAAUGUUCCAUAUAAUUUUGUGCAUAAAUUCUUAAAUAGGAACAUAUUCUAUUAAAAGUUUUGUUUUUGUGUAUUUGUUGAGAAUGUAAUUUUGAAUUUUGUGGUACUAUUUUAAGGUAAUUUGAAAUUUGUGGAUAGUCAACGAAGCGUACUUUAGAAAUUUAGUUUGAAAGUUUAGUUGAGUAUGUGAAUAUAAAAAAUAAUUAUAAAUGAUUAGAACGAGACAAGUAAAUUCUCGUCUAUGUAUUACAAUCUUAUUUCAUGUAUUUAAAUACGAUAAUUGUUGACGAUUUUUUGUUAAGAAAUAUUUAAAAUUAUAAUCAAGUUAUUUUUAGGAUAAUUUUUAAUCAACUUUUAUAGUUGGAUUUUUUUCCCUAUAUAAAUAAUAUUGUAAUAAGAGAAUUUACUGUGUCCAAAUUAUCUAUGUAAAAAUUAUUUAGCAAGAUAAAAAUAGAGGAAAAAGAAAAGCCUGAUUAUAUGUUGGAAAAGUUUAUGUUUAUAUAAAUUUAUCAAUAUUUUUAUAUUUUUAUGUUUCAUUAUAGACAGUGCAGAGAAACAUAAUUAUAUCAAAGAGAAGAAUAUGAUAAAGAAAAGAAAAUAAUGACACGUGCCUACAAUAGUUACCAUUUAAAUGUAUAUAUAUAUGUAUAAAGUGUAUUCAUAUAUAUCAUGGAUCAAGAAGAAAAUAAUUUUUCAUUGAUUUAUUGGAAAUACAAGUACCAAAUAAAAGGUAUAUAUAUAUAUAUAUGUAUAUAUAUGUAAAUAUAUAUAUGUAUAUGUAUAUAUAUAAAUUGAUCUUGAAUUAUCUCUUCUUGGUACAUGCAAUACAAGUAGCACUGUGUAUACAUAUAAAUAUAUAUAACUAUGUAUGUAAAUAUAUAUAAAGACGCAUAUAUAUACAUACAUAUGUAAAAUAAAAACACGUAUAUUUGAAAGUCAUCUACGUACGUGUAGAUAUAAUUAAAAAUAAAAAAGAUAUAGAUGAUUGUGCUCAUAGAAAAGAAAAAAAACAUUUUUGCUAGUGUUUAUUUAUAUACAUAAAGAAUUAUAAUAUACAAAAAAUACAAAAUAAAGAAAAGGACUUGGAAAAGAAGUCCGUCUGGUUGCGCUUGUAGAUUUAACAUUCGUUAUAUAGAACAUAAAUUAAAAAAAAAAAAAUCUAAGUAUUUUCUGAGAGUUCAAAUAAAUGGAAACAGAAAUAAGAUUCAAUAGGGUAAUGGAAAUGUAUAGUGAACGAAAAUUUAUAGCUGGUUUAUCUCAGGUUAAGUAUAGGUUGAAGGAGGCGAACUCGAACAAAUGUGUGAUCACGUUUCAAAUCUGUAUAUUUUAAUUAAAUAAACUGAAAUAUACAAAUGUU